AUGUCAAAGCAAGAAGGGCUCGAGAAAGUAGAUGAUGUUUGUAUUUCUGAGUCUAUAGCUAGCUCAGAAGUUGUCACCAAGUACUAUACUGCGGCAGAAAUAGUAAAUUCAACGCUUCAGUAUGUGAUAACAUUAUGCGUAGAUGGCGCAGAUAUUUCGGAGAUAUGUAGGAAAGGUGACUCGCUCAUCGAGGAGAAGUCCAGUUCUGUUUAUAACAAAAAAGAAAAUGGUAGGAAGCUAGAUAAAGGCAUUGCAUUUCCUACAUGCAUUUCUGUGAAUGAGAUAUGUGGCAAUUUUUCUCCUCUACCUGCAGAAAGCUUAAAACUAAAAAAUGGUGACUUAGUUAAGAUUGAUAUUGGGGCUCAUAUAGAUGGUUUCAUUAGUGUGUGUUCUCAUUCGAUUGUUAUUGGGGUCGAAAAGAUUUCAGGAAAGCAGGCGGACGUUUUAAAGGCUGCAAAUGCCGCAAUGGAAGUUGCUAUAAGAACUGUAAAACCUGGAAACACCAAUACGUACGUCACAUCUAUUCUUAACAGGACUGUAAAAGAGUUUAAUUGCAACAUGGUCCAGGGAGUUUUAUCUCAUCAACUAAAAAGACAUGUUAUUGAUGGAAACCGUGUAAUAAUUUCGAAGGAAACAUUAGAUGAGAAAGUUGACGAAUUCACAUUUGAAGAGAAUGAGGUUUAUGGACUGGAUAUUCUAGUAAGCAGUGGAGAAGGUAUUCCCAAGGAAUCUGAUUAUAGAAGUACGGUUUUUAAGCGUGCUAUUGAAACAAAUUACAACUUAAAAAGCCCGAUUCCAAGGCAAUUCCUAAGUGAAGUUAAUAAAAGAUUUCCUACACUACCUUUUUCUUUGAAUAUGAUAUCGGAUGAAAAGGUUGCCAGACUGGGGGUUUCUGAAUGCAUUCGACAUAACCUUUUGUAUUCAUACCCUGUAAUGGUGGAAAGACAAGGAGAGUACGUCGCAAGUUUCAAGUGCACAUUAUUGUUAUUCCCAAAUGGAUCGAAACGUAUUUCUGGCUUGCAAUUUGCUCAGGAGAGCAUUUGUGAUUCAGAGUUAAAAGUAGCAGAUGAGGAAAUUAAGUCUAUUCUUUUAACACCAAUCUCAAUGAAAAAGAAGAAAAAAAAACAAGUUGUUAGUUAA